AUGGGUUUAUUCUAUUCAUUGAUCAAUAGUUUAAUUUCUAAUAAUGAACAAAUUCAAAAGCCCUGUGGUCAACCAGGUUGUUGUUCUUUAUAUCCUCAUGUGAAGCAACAAAAAUUGAAUUCUCAAUCAACAUUACCACCUAACAUCAUAGCAAAAAAUAAUUCAAUUUAUCCAAGUCAAAUAUAUACUGAACUAUCUAUGAAUAAUUCAAAUAUUUGUCGAACAUCAUCAAUCAAGCGAAAUCAACGUCGAAUAAUAUCCAAAAAUAAAAAACAAACUAGAAGACGAAAGUAG